CCCUCGCCCGCAAACUGCAGCCGCGUCCGAACCAAACGCGUCAAAUCCUUCCCUCCCCGUGCCCGUGCCCGUGCCCACCCCAAGCUUCACAAACCGAACCACGACGCUUGCCUCGCCCCGCCUGCCACUUACCUGACGCGGGCUGCGGUUCCUCGUCUCGUCGGCGGCGGCCGUGGAGCAGACAUGGAGGUCGAGUACCAUGAGGAGUACGUGAGGAACUCGAGAGGGGUGCAGCUCUUCACCUGCGGCUGGCUGCCCGUCGCCACGUCGCCCAAGGCGCUCGUCUUCCUCUGCCACGGUUACGGCAUGGAAUGCAGUGGCUUCAUGAAAGCGUGCGGCGUCCGGCUGGCGGCGGCGGGGUACGGCGUGUUCGGAAUGGACUACGAGGGGCACGGCAAGUCCAUGGGCGCCCGCUGCUACAUCCUCAGCUUCCGCCGCCUCGUCGACGACUGCCACCGCUUCUUCAAGUCCAUCUGCGACCUUGAGGAGUACCGGAGCAAGAGCCGGUUCCUGUACGGCGAGUCCAUGGGCGGCGCCGUGGCGCUGCUGCUGCACAGGAAGGACCCCGCCUUCUGGGACGGCGCCGUCCUCGUCGCGCCGAUGUGCAAGAUAUCGGAGAAGGUGAAGCCGCGCCAGCUGGUGAUCGCGCUCCUGACGCAGGUGGAGGACGUGAUCCCCAAGUGGAAGAUCGUCCCCACCAAGGACGUCAUCGACGCCGCCUUCAAGGACCCCGUCAAGCGCGAAAAGAUCAGGAGGAACAAGCUGAUCUACCAGGACAAGCCACGGCUCAAGACUGCGCUGGAGAUGCUCAGGACCAGCAUGUACAUAGAAGACAGCUUGUCGCAGCUGCCGUUCUUCGUCCUGCACGGCGAGGCCGUCACGGUGACCGACCCGGAGGUGAGCCGCGCGCUGUACGAGCACGCGGCCAGCACGGACAAGACCAUCAAGCUCUACACGGGGAUGUGGCACGGCCUCACCGCCGGCGAGCCCGACGAGAACGUGGAGGCCAUCUUCGCCGACAUCGUCGCCUGGCUCAACGAGCGCAGCCGCAGCUGGACGCUGGAGGACCGCCUCAGGAAGCUGAUCGUGGUGGCGCCUGGCAAGUUCAUCGACGGCGACAACGGUGCUGACGGUGAAGGACAGGUUCAAGGCCGUCCACAGCGGCGGCGUCGUGGCUUCCUCUGCGGGCUCACUGGCCGGACUCAUCACCACUCUGAAAUGUAGGAUGUGAAAGAUAGAAUUACCAGCCCCGAUCAGAUGUGCACCUGCUUCAACAAUGGCGAAUAAGGAAGUGGCGAUGUGUAAUAUAGAAGUUGUAAGCAUUGUCGAGUGAUAUGUGAUCAAUCAUUCGCUUCCCUCCACUGCAGUGAACAUUUACUCUGUAAAUAAAUCUUUUGUUCCA